AUGGAGAAUGAACUGUUCCAGAAGAUCCCAAGCUUGCAAGUGAUUAUCUGUCGCCAAUGCAAGCAUGGCGUACGACCGGCAGAGGUCGAGCGACAUCUGAAGCGGAAACAUCAGUUCAAGCAUCAAUCCGCCCACCAGUUGGCUCAGGCAGUCCAACAGUGGGAGGAUAUUGAACAGGACAGUGCGGCCAUCCAGAUCCCACCAGUAGUCGACAACCCACUGCCCAUUUUACCGUGUGAGCCCAGUGGCUUGUUAUGCCAACGACAGGACCCCCCGUGCCAUUAUGUGGCAUCCAGCAUGGACACCAUGCGAAAGCACUGGCGCCAGGUCCAUCAAUGGUCCCAACAGACCCGCCGUGGCCGGGUUGGCCAGAGAGAGCGCACACAAGGGGCCGCUGAGCUCCGGCGUUCAUUCACCACCGUAGCAUGGCAGCAGAUCUUCCCAUCGGGCCCGGGGUCCCAUUACAUCCAUAUCCGCUUCCCAGAGGGCCACCCACCACCACCACUGCCCCCCGCGGACCAGGCCCAACGGGCCGUCGAUGCCAUCAUCACCGCAUGGGAUCAGGCUCGAACGGCCCAGGAACAACAGGCCGUCAUCCAGGCCGAUCGGAUCACCGAUGCUAACCCGUGGCUCCGCCGGACCGGGUGGGCACGAUACCUGGAAGGUGUGCACCCCCAGGACCUGCUCCGGCUGGCCAUUUGGAAUGCCAUGGGCCAGUUGGCCCGGCGGAGCCAGCAGACCGUGCAGCGGUGUGGAACCGGCAUUUGUAUGGAGGCGGCCCGGACCGAGGCCGGACAGACCCCAUACCGGCCGCUCCAGGCGUACAUGGAUGAAACCAGUGUCCAGAAGCAUGUGCAGGCGUGGCAGCAAGUGUUGGGCUUCAUUGCACGCACACAGGCCACCCAGGCCGGACAGGGCAUGCCGGAGUGGUGUGGUCCGCUGCCCGUGUAUGGGAUGACCGCGCGGCAGCAGCGGAAGUGGCAGAUGUUGUGGCAGCUUGCCAUGCCCACCAUGGCGAGGCCCCAACAGGCGCCCCAUCGAGCCCGGGCUCGGGCGGUCCAUAUGUUCCCCGGGGCCGGUCGGAUCCUAGAGCAGGGUGGGAACCCCGGCAGUUAUCGGGCCACAGAGGGGCGUGGGGUGAGCCCCGGAGAUCAGCCCACAGCCGGGCAUGGGGUGAGCCCCGAGCAUGUGGAAGAAGCAGAGGAGACUGGCAAUGCAGGCAGCACCGAGCCGGCAUGGAUGAUGAGCCCAAUGGAGCGUGCCUGCUUGGAGUUUUGCAUUGAGCUGCUCAACCAGCGCCACCGUGCCCAUGAAUAUGAAAGCCCCCUUUUACCCCCCAUUUUAUCGCGGAUGAUCAAGCUUGCGCGGUUCAUGGUGGUGCAGAAGGCACUGUGGUUGGAUCCCCAUGUGGGGGACAUUAUUCAGAUGUGGCAGGCACAGGCUAGCACGGCGAAUGGCACAGUGAAUGGCAUGGUGAAUGGCACUCCGAAUGGCACUCCGAAUGGCACUCCAAAUGGCACACCGGCUAGCCCAAUAGCAUGGCCGUUGGCCAGUGCAGAUGCCCAACUGGCCGAUAUCGAUGAGGGCUGUGAUAGUGCCAGUCCCACACGCUCCACCCCCACCACGGUGCACGAUCGCCCGUCAUUUCAUGACCAUGUGCAGCAGAUGGUCAGCCGCUUCAUGAUCCGUGGCACCCAUGGGCCCAUGCAGACAUUGCUCGACUGGCGCACAUAUGGGUUGAAGAUCCAUUACAAUAGCACGGCGCCGGGCCAUGUGGCGUGGAUGGGAGCCGAUGAGCUGUUGUACAAGGAUCUGCAUUUCACGAUGGGUGAAUUCCGUGGGUUCAUCCACAGGCUGGUUGGGGCCACACGGGAGCUGCUGUGUGAACUAUUAUGUAUUGCCGAUGGUUCCAGCAGCGCCCACACCCCAAGCACCAUGCCGCUGCCCGCCAUCCCGUGGCAGGGCUUGUAUGAUGAUCCCACCCAGGGGCACCCGGGCUGGAACUUUUUGCAUGAUCGCCGGACCCGGUGGCCCGUGGAUGGCCGGUGGUGGAUGAUCCAGCGGCUGCGCACAGAGCGCCCCGUGCAGCAGCAAUUCAUGCGCCGGGGGGCGAUCCACGGCCCAUUGGUGGCACAGUAUCUGGCCCGGGUGGCCCGGUUCAAGGAGAAACUGGCCGUGGCCAUCCAUAUGACGGCGGGGCAGCCGGCACGGGCCCCCGAGCUGCUCAGUGUGCAGUAUGUCAACACGCCGAACAACCAAUUCCGCAAUGUGUUCAUUGAGGAUGGGAUGGUGACACUGGUGACUGCAUACCACAAGGGCUUCCAUGCGAGCAACGACAGCAAGCUGAUCCACCGGUAUGUGCCACGGGCGGUCGGGGAGUUGGUGGUGUGGUACAUGUGGCUGGCGAUGCCAUUCAUUGACCAGUUGACAGCGUGGCAGGCCGGCACUGCGCAUGGCACGGUGAAUGGCACAUCGAAUGGUAUGUCAAAUGGCACAUCGAACGGCACAUUGAAUGGUAUGUCGAAUGGCACAUCGAAUGGUAUGUCGAAUGGCACAUCGAACGGCACAUUGAAUGGCACACAAGCCGGCACGGUGAAUGGCACGGUGAAUGGUACAGUGAAUGGCAUGUCGAACGGCACAUCGAACGGCACAUCAAACGGCACAGCGAAUGGCAUAUCAAACGGCACACUGAAUGGCACAUCGAACAGCACAUUGAACGGCACAUCGAACAGCAUGUUGAACGGCACAACAAACAGCAUACUGAUUGGCACACGAGCUGGCACAGUGAAUGGCACACCGAUUGGCACAUUGAACGGCACAUCGAAUGGCACAUCGAAUGGCACAUCGAAUGGCACAUCGAAUGGCACACGAGCUGGCACAGUGAAUGGCACAUCGAACAGCACAUUGAACGGCACAUGGAAUGGCACACCAAAUGGUACGGUGAAUGGCAUGUUGAAUGGUAGACUGAACGGCACAUCAAACAGCACAUCGAACGGCACACCAAAUGGCACGGCGAAUGGCACACGAGCCAGCACGGUGAAUGGCACAUCAAACAGCACAUUGAAUGGCACAUGGAAUGGCACACGAGCCGGCACGGUCAAUGGCACACUGAAUGGCACGGUGAACGGCAUACUGAAUGGCACACUGAUUGGCACACAAGCCGGCACGGCGAAUGGCACACGAGCCAGCACGGUGAAUGGCACAUCAAACAGCACAUUGAACGGCACACCGAACGGCACACCGAUUGGCACACCGAUUGGCACACAGGCCGGCACAUCAAAUGCCAUGUCGAAUGGCACAACGAUUGGCACACUGAAUGGCACGGCGAACGGCACACUGAAUGGCACAUUGAUUGGCACGUCGAACGGCACACCGGCAUGGCAGCCCCCCAGCCCAUAUUUAUGGGGCCCCGACCCGGGCAUGCAGCGGCCAUGGACCCCCGAGCGAUUCCGGGAGGUGUUGAAGCGGGAGACCCAGGCCCGGCUCGGCCAGGCAUUGAAUAUUCCGGCGUACCGGGACAUUGCCAUUGGCAUCAGCCGGCGGUUCCUGCGGGCAUCCAGCACAUUCACCAGUGACCGCCAGGAUGAAACGGAGCAGGCGGCGGCAUUGGAUGCUGACUGUGAGGACGGCAUGGAUGCGGACCAGUGGAUGGCGCAUAUGACGGAUUUACAGGCGGGCCAUUCAUCGCACGUGGCGGGGAUGGUAUAUGGGCGGCAGCUGAUGGAGCAGGCGGGCACAACAAGCCACCGGCGGGCGAUGUUCCGGCAGUCCAGUGUGGAUUGGCACCAGUUUCUGGGGUUCGGCUGCGGCACGGGGGUUCCAGGAGAUGUCCAUGCCGACAUUGAUGCCGGUGGGCUUCGGGCUGGCUUGGUGGAUGAAGGCAGCUGUCCAAGCCGCCGUCCCGGUCAGGAACAGGUUAGGGCUUGCUUGGUGGAUGAUCCCGGUCAGGAACGGGUUAGGGCUCGCUUGGUGAAUGAUCCCGGUCAGGAACGGGUUAGGGCUCGCUUGGUGAGUGAUCCCAGUCAGGAAGGGGUUAGGGCUCGCUUGGUGGAUGAAGGCAACCGUCCAAUUCACCAUCCCGGUCAGGAACGGGUUAGGGCUCACUUGGUGGAUGAAGGUAGCUGUCCAAUUCACCAUCCCGGUCAGGAACGGGUUAGGGCUCGCCCCGUGCUCGGGAAACGCAAGCGGGCCCCAUGGCAGGUGGAGGCUGAGGAGCACCACAUGGAGCGGCGCCACCAGCUGCAGACCAUGGACAUGGCCGCUGCGCUGCAGCAGAUGACCGGUCAGGCCGGCAUGCAGUUCCAGGGCAUCCAGGCACCCGCCAUGGCGGCGAUCCAGCAGGGCAAGAGCCCCGUGGUGGCAGUCAUGCCCACCGGCGGUGGGAAAAGCAUGUUAUUCAUGUUGCCCGCGUGGGCCGUCCCCGGGGGCACCACCAUUGUGGUGGUGCCAUUGAUCUCGCUGCGGCAGGAUAUGCAGCAGCGGUGCCGGCGGCUAGGCAUCCCAUGUAUGGCAUGGGACCGGCAGCAGCCAUGUGAUGAAGCAGCCAUUGUGCUGGUCACACCGGAAUCGGCUGUCACCCCCGAUUUCCAUUCAUUCAUCAACCGGUUGGUGGUGAUGCAGCGGCUGGACCGGGUGGUGAUUGAUGAAUGCCACGUCAUUAUGAACCAGCAGAAGAACUUCCGGUCCGCCAUGGCACAGCUUGGGAAGCUCGUUCGGGCCCGUACACAGAUGGUGUUUUUAACGGCCACAUUGCCCCCCCAGAUGGAACCGGAGUUCAGCCAGCGCAUUCACCACCCACCGGAUCAGAUCGAUAUAUAUCGGGCCCGCACGAGCCGCGGCAAUGUGGCAUAUGGGGUGUGGCGGCCACCGAUUCCACACACUGCACCACAUGGAUAUGGAUGGGAGCAGGAUGCCCAGAUUAUUCAGUUCCUGCAGGCGCAGCUCCAGUGGGCCCGGGCCCGGGGGGGAAGAUGGUGA